CUCCUCUCCUCCCUGCUUCCCAGGAAUCCCAGCUCUCUUCCUCAGCAGUUUGCCAGCACCAAGAUCGUCUCACUGCCUCCUAGGCGGCAAGCUCAGCUGAGCACAGCAGCGAUGACCUCCACCACCGCCACCUUCCUCUCCACCCUCGCCAGGGCCACCGCCAGCCUGAGCAGCAGCACCAUGCCGUCCGGCGGCGCCAAGGUCGUCCGGUUCUUGCCCGCGCAGACCAGCCGCGGGCGGCGCGCGGUGCUGUCCGCGCCGAGGGCGGCGGUCUCGGACACCGAGAAGGCGCAGCCGGCGCCGGCGUCCGACAAGGGCAAGAGCAAGGACGAGCGCGUGGUGAAGGUGCACAGCAUCGAGGAGUUCGACGGCGCGCUGAAGGCCGCCAAGAACCGGCUGGUGGUGGUGGAGUUCGCGGCGAGCGACAGCGAGAGCAGCAGCCAGAUCUACCCGACCAUGGUGCAGCUGAGCCGCACCUGCGGCGACGUGGACUUCCUGCUGGUGAUGGGCGACGAGUCGGAGGCCGCCAAGGAGCUGUGCCGCCGGGAGGGCAUCACGCAGGUGCCCCACUUCAACUUCUACAAGGGCGCCGAGAAGGUGCACGAGGAGGAGGCCAUCGGCCCCGAGCGGCUCGCCGGCGACGUGCUCUACUACGGCGACAGCCACUCGGCGGUGGUGCAGCUGCACUCGCGGGAUGACUUGGAGGCGCUCAUCAACGAGCACCGCGGCGAGAAGGGGAAGCUCGUCGUGCUCGACGUCGGCCUCAAGCACUGCGGGCCCUGCGUCAAGGUGUACCCCACCGUCGUGAAGCUGUCGCGCUCCAUGGCCGAGACCACGGUGUUCGCGCGCAUGAACGGCGACGAGAACGACAGCUGCAUUCAGUUCCUCAGGGACAUGGACGUUGUCGAGGUGCCCACCUUCGUCUUCAUCAGGGACGGCAAGAUCGUCGGCCGCUACGUCGGCUCUGGCAAGGGUGAACUCGUCGGCGAGAUCCUCAGAUACAACGGCGUCAGGGUCACCUACUGAAGCGAUACACACAUGAAUGGAGAAUAGUAUGCAAAUUGAAGAUGCAAAAUGUAAAAUUAUUACUGCGACAUCCAUACAUCGAUGAUUGGUAGAUGUUUAGACUGCUUAUUGGGUACCAUCACCAUACUUGUAUGUUAAUCAUCGGAGCAUUAUUCCGUGGUAAUAGUACAAUUUUUGAGUGCUAA